AAGAAUAGGAUGUGAAAUGAUAGUGGGGAAACAAGAUGGAGAGGCAGAGCAUGAAUAUAGAGAAACAGUGGGGAAGAUGUUGAACCAGAAAAACAACAAUUACGGAGAAGAAGAUGAGAAAAGGUUGGGUUGGAACUAUGAACUCCAUGAAAAACAGACAGGCACAUCCAUUUUCCCCUCUUUUGUAGGAGACGAUCCACGUUGAAGCAGAAAAACAACAAUUACUGUUUCUCUGUUUCUUCCAUGGCAUUACAUCCAUUUUCUUCUCUUCUUCUUUCUUCUUCUUCCUCUUCCAGGAGUACCUAAUUUACUACCUUUCGCCACCGUGGAGGACCGGUGAGGGUUUCUCCGGCACUAUUCGACGACUAUUCCUUUGCCGGAAACUCUUCCAAUGUCUUCUCCUUCCCCUUCUUCUGAUUCCGGUUCCAGUUCCUCUUCUCCUCCUCCUUCUCCUCCACCUCCUUCCACUGCUCCCCCGCCAGAUUCUUCUCCGCCUCCCCCGGAUUCUUCCUCUUCCUCCUCCCCUCCUCCUCCGCCGGAUUCUUCUCCUCCUCCUCCAUCUGAUGAUACUUCUCCACCUCCGCCCGAUGCAUCGCCGCCGCCGCCGCCUCCGUCUAACGACUCCACGCCGCCUACUGAUGAUUCCUCUUCUUCGACGCCACCGCCAAAGGAUUCCAACUCUUCUUCUUCUCCACCGUCUCCUCCGCCGCCUCCGCCACCACCACCGCCUCCGCCUCCUCCGCCGCAUGGGUCAUCGAGGCAUUCUCCUCCGUCUCCGAAAUCGAUCACGCCUAACUCACGAUCCUCAGAUUCGUCGUCCGGCGGCUCUGCCCCAGAGGCGGUGCCGAUCAUUGUAGGAGUGGCGGUGGCGGCAGGAUUUUUGCUAUUCGCUAUGGCGUUGAUAUUCUUUGCUUGCAGUCGAAAGAAAAAGAAGCGAACUAGUGGUUCCAUGUACUACGAUGAACAGCCCGAUCCGAAAGGUGGGGAUCCAUAUUACAAUGGAAGGAAUCACAAUUGGAAUAACCCGAGCGAACAUUUUGUGAACAUGGCGCCAAUCGGCGGCGGGGGCCAAGGAGGAGGGUGGCCAUCGCCGCCGCCUCCUCCUCCACCGGGAUUAGUGAGCAGUGACAUGAGCUCAAAUUUCUCGGGACCACAUGGGCCACCGUUGCCACCACCACACCCAUCGGUGGCACUGGGAUUCAAUAAGAGCACUUUCACUUACGACGAGCUGAUGGCUGCGACCGGGGGAUUCUCUCCGGCGAAUCUGUUGGGGCAAGGGGGAUUUGGGUACGUUCACAAAGGAUUGCUGCCCAACGGCAAGGAAAUUGCAGUGAAAAGCCUGAAAACGGGAAGCGGGCAAGGAGAUCGAGAAUUCGCGGCGGAGGUGGAGAUCAUCAGCCGCGUCCACCAUCGCCAUUUGGUGUCCCUUGUCGGAUAUUGCAUCGCCGGUGACCGAAAGAUGUUGGUUUACGAAUUUGUCCCUAAUAACAACCUCGAAUUCCACCUUCAUGGCAAGGGGCGGCCACCAAUGGACUGGUCAACACGUGUGAAGAUCGCAUUGGGCUCAGCCAAGGGCCUGGCUUAUCUCCACGAAGAUUGUCAUCCUCGCAUCAUCCACAGAGAUAUCAAGACUGCCAAUAUUCUUAUAGACAUUAGUUUCGAAGCUAAGGUGGCUGAUUUCGGAUUGGCAAAGCUCAACCAAGACAAUUACACUCAUGUAUCCACUCGCGUUAUGGGCACAUUUGGAUAUUUGGCUCCGGAAUAUGCAUCAAGUGGGAAGCUAACAGAGAAAUCAGAUGUAUUCUCAUUUGGAGUAAUGCUUUUGGAACUGAUAACCGGAAGAAAACCGGUGGACACGGCCGGAGAAAUGGAAGACAGCUUAGUGGACUGGUCAAGGCCUCUUUGUACAAAAGCAAUGAAUGAUGGAAACUAUGAUGAGUUGGCUGAUCCACGGUUGGAGAAGAACUAUGAUGCCCAAGAAAUGGCUUGCAUGGUGGCUUGCGCCGCGGCUUGCAUUCGCCAUUCGGCUCGCCGCCGUCCCAAAAUGAGCCAGGUGGUACGAGCACUAGAAGGUGAUGUGUCGCUGGAUGAUUUGAACGACGGAGUAAAGCCAGGGCAGAGCUCAUACUUCGGGUCUGGCACAUCCUCAGAGUACGACGCAAGCUCCUAUAGCGCCGACAUGAAGAGGUUCCGGAAGGUGGCGUUGGACAGUCGUGAGUACACAAGCAGCGAUUACGGCGGCACUAGCGAAUACGGCCUAAACCCUUCCUCAACGAGCAGCGAAAUCAGUCGGAAGCCUAGCCACUUAUCCUCCCCCAUCGCACCACCUUCUAAUCUCUAAGUACAUGUUUCGAAGUAAAUUUAAAGUUGUUAAAAUUACUUUCAUCGCUUUAAAACACGUCUUUAAUCACUCCAAAUUAAUUUGACGUACACAAGUGAUUUUAACUUUUUUAAAACCACUCGUAAA